AACAGAAAAAAACUGCGAAUUUGCGUUUCACACCAGAAGGGAAGCUAUAUAAGUGGUGAGAGAGAGAGAGAGAUAGAGAGAGAGAGAGAGAGAGAGCAGAAGAUUGAAUUCUUCUGCUAUAAUUUAAAUUUGAAGAAAAUAGAUGGAAGCUCGAAAAUGAUACCGACAUCGGAUUAUCCGAUCACGAGCUUUACAGAUGGAUCGGCACUGGAACGUGUAGACGGGUAUUGUCUCGAAAAGUGACAUAUACACCCCCAAUUUUUGGUUGAUGCACCCAUUUUCCGGAUAAAGCGUGUGUAGGUCAUUGCCACGUGUCCCCGAUGGGGUGCAGGCUUGUGGAUUGAUUUCUCGAGUGGCCAUGAAUCAUCCAUGCGUCACCUCUUGCUGGUACAGAGGCCAGAAGCACUGUUCUUCCCAUUCUGUUUGGAUUCUAAGCCUUUGCUUGGGAUGUCCUACCCAAUCGGAUAUGAGAACGUUAAUUGAAAGACCAAUGCCCUUGGCAUACAGAUAGUAGUUGCUUUAAUGAUACUGUUGUAGUGAUUAGUAUAUACAUCUUUAAAUUCAAAUUUUAUGGGAAAUUAUGGAAGGUUUUCAUUUUAUCAUGUUUAUCACAUCAUAGAGUGAUAUACUUCCCUUUCUUUCUGCUGGAGUUUGAUAGCAGAAACAAUCUUACUUUGGACAAAAGGGGAAUCUACAUUAAGAAGAGAACAAAUAGCCGAGAAUUUAGAAAGACAAGGAAAAAAGGAAAACAGGAAAAAGAUUAAGAGACCCUGUAAUGGGCUUGCCUCAAGUGUCCUCCAACAAACUUGCUGAUGAAGUUGUGACAACCUUGAGCACGUUUGUGCAGCAUCCGCCUCGAUUUUCAAGCAGCUGUGAUUUGGAUGGGCUACACAGAGGGAGCAUGGAUAGUCGGACGGUGGGGGAUUUUCCAUGCUCUUCUCUUGGGGAUUUCCACAGGAAAACCACGUUGGAACAGACAAAAGGCACUGAUGGGAUCUUCAGACACAAGAGUGCUGUUGACAGUGCCUCAAACAUUAAUGGGUUGAAGAUUGGAUCGAAGGAUAAACACUGCUGGCUUACUCCAAAAAUGGGACGGAACAUCCAGAGUCCUGUUUCAAGGGUAGUUGGUUUUGAAUCGAGUGGAUCAGAUUCUAUUGUCAAUGGGUUCGAGAGAGUUUUAGCGGAUCGAGUGCAUGAGUCUAGUGCAGUUGGUAAUUCUGAUAAUUCAACUGAUUCGCAUGGCCCGCAAGUCAGGAAGCGGUUGCUGUCCCCUCUGAAUGGUAUGCUUUGUCCAAAUCAAUUUUCUGGUGAUCCUCUAGACAUUGCCCAGGGCAAUGCUCCAAUCCAUUCCAAUGCCCUACGUGGGGGUUUUGAUGUUUUUGGGGCUCAGGACUGUAAAAAAGCUAAUGUUGGCAACACCAAUUAUCUUGAUGCAUCAAUUUGGUCAAUAUCUAGAUGUUCAGAGUCGAAUAACAUGCCGGAUUGUUGUAGAACAAGUUCUGCUUUUUUCACUGAUGGUCCCUUGCUUGAUAACAAGGAGCCCCUAUUCUGCAAUCAUUCUUUGUCUGCCCAGGGAAUUGAUCCCUGCAAAGAAACAAGUAAGGUACGGACUCUUCCUCGGGCAAUAGCCAUCACUCCGGAAAAGGUGAUUUCACCUCCUCUUUCUCUGUCUCCUCUUGGUCCAAAAUGGUCUGAAAGAAUGAAAACUGCAGGCAGAUUCCACAUGGAAUUCCCAAAAGAGAUGGAAGGUAACUAUUCAACACCAAAAAAUUAUGGAAGGUCACUUGAUGGAAGUGUUUCAGGAGUUUUGUUUGAUCCAGAUGAAGACGAAUUUAGGACUGCGAGCGAGUCAUUUCAGGACCUUGGUAUUUUGCCGAAAGUCACAGGUCAAUAUACCCCCGAAAGUGCUGCUUGUAUAGGUCGGGAUUGGGGUGCUGAAUCUGCUCCUAUGCCACAAUGCAUCAAAUUGGUGAGAAGUUUGAGUGCGCUUCCUGUUAGGAGGUCUUUGGUUGGUUCAUUUGAGGAAUCUCUCUUAUCUGGUCGUUUCUCGUCUGGCAAAGUCAGGCAGAAAAUUGAUGGUUUUCUAGCUGUUCUAAAUGUUACCGGAGGGAACUUUUCACCGCCAUCUCAGAAACUUCCUUUUGCAGUGACAAGUGUGGAUGGUGAUAGCUACUUACUAUACUAUGCAUCAAUUGAUCUUGCUGGAAAUUUGCCAUCAAGCAAGUGCAGAGGCCCAAAGAUGAAGAGAAGCCUUAGCAACACGGAUUCUCGAGCAGCCAAAAGUCGCUUGCGUAUCCCUAUGAAAGGCCGCAUACAACUGGUUCUUAGCAACCCGGAAAUGACCCCUCUUCAUACGUUUUUUUGCAAUUAUGAUCUGAGUGACAUGCCGGCUGGAACCAAGACAUUCCUGCGGCAAAAGGUCACUUUAGCCUCUUCAGGAGCAACUUCUGUACCAGAAAAAGGAGGAAACAGAGAUAUUUCCAUGAAAAAUGUACCAAUGGCUAUUCCAGAUUCAAAGAGUAGUCACCACACAAGGGAAUCUGCUGAUUCUGAUGAAGUUGAUGUUGUAUAUACUAUCAGAUCCAAAAACCAAAACUCUACAAUUGCAGAAAAGGAAUGCUCUAAUAUUAUGGGUUGUGUAUAUACUGCUGAUGCUCAGCAAUUUGAUCUGUUCAAUCAGACACUGGGUAAAGUUGAGAUGAGCCCUUUGUUAUUUUCAAUAAAGGAAUCUAUGCAGCGACCUAAAGGGUCUGGUCUGGGUGCAGGUGUGAAAGAUCUAAAUGAGACCCAGAACACUGAGGGGGAUGAUUUCAUUCCAAUGGAUGCAUGUGGAGUAACUGACAGAAAAUCUGUACAUAGUUCUUCAAAGGUUAAUGAAAAUACUACUGGUGCUGGUGUACUGCGAUAUGCUCUACAUCUUCGGUUUCUAUGCCCUUCUGUUAAGAAAUGUUUAAGGUCAAUCCAGAGGUGCAAAUCUGAUCCUCUGUCUAACCCACAUGCGAAUAAUUCGGAUAUUGAGGGGGAGCGACGCUUCUACUUAUACAAUGAUCUAAGGGUUGUCUUCCCGCAACGCCACUCAGAUGCAGAUGAGGGCAAGAUACAUGUGGAGCACCAUUAUCCAGCAGAUCCCAAAUACUUCGACAUCAGCAACUGACAAGUCCAUACUCGGCCACCACCGUUGAGUCUGAUAUUUGCAAUGUACAUACAUAUAUCCCCAGUAUGAUGGGUACUCUCCCCAUCCCUCACUUGUAAAGAUUUCCAUUUUCAAUAAUUGAUGAUUAUUUCUUCA